AUGGCCAGGACUGAAGUGGAAAUCCCUGCAUACGAUGGAAUGGCUGGCUCCAACACCAAUUCCAACUCUAUCAGUGCCAUGGGGGCGGCAGUUCCGGAUGUCGACGGCGUCGAUACUCGAGAUCAAUUCUACGGGCAGUCAUCGAUCAUUUCCCUUCUCGAGAAAUACACCCAAGCAUCUACAGGUCAAACCCCCCAAUCUUCGAAGCAUUCACGAGCACAGCAACAUACGCCAUCACCUGCAACAUCCACACCCUCCUUCGCCGCUUCCUCCGCCAUAACAGACACCUCUUUGCUUUCGGAGGACUUUUCGCUCCCACCGCGCAAGUUAGCCGACUGGCUAUUGGAAGUUUAUUUCAAUAACUUUCACCUUUUAUACCCGUGGGUAGACAAAGCCAGUUUUCUGGCCUCGUACGACGCAUUAUGGUCCCGUCAGGAAGACACGACGGGGGAGCAUCUCCCUGACGUAGGCCUUGGAGGCAAAAAAUGCUCAACGGCUGUCUUUCAUUGUGCCUUGAAUGCGAUGUUUGCUCUGGCCUGUGAAUUAUCCACCAUGACCCCCAGAGAGAAACGGAUUACGUCUCAAACCUUCUAUCAGCGGAUGAAAAGCCUGACGAGCAUCGACAUCCUGGACAGUGGAAGCCUGGCUCAUGUGCAGGCUUUUCUGCUGGUGGGCAUGUACCUACAAUGCACACCAUAUCCCAAGAAAUGCUGGAACGCCGUGGGUAUGGCAUACCGAAUUGCUGUGGGCCUAGGGCUACACCGGGGUCGGUUUGCGUCUGACUUGACAGGAGUCGAGCAGACAACACGGAGAAAGGUUUGGUGUGCGUGUGUAAACAUGGACAUUAUGACCAUGGGCCGUCCGGCAAUGACUGCGCCUGGCGAUAUUCCGCUUCCAUUUUUGCCCGACGAUCGCGGCGGAUCUGCGGUCUCGGAUGAACAGAGCCAACUAAGUCACCAGUUCUUCCAGGAGAAUAUGAGGCUUGUCGGUAUACUCGGAAGAAUUCUUUCGACGGUGUAUCGCAGCUCAGAGCUAGAUGCACAGCCGGAGACCGAUACCACGGUUGACUUCCAAGUCAUCAUGGAUAUUGACCAGGCUCUGGAGUCAUUCGAAUCUUCAUUGCAUCCAGACCUCCACUGGAAAUUCAACGACACGUUUAACCGUGACUCAAACCGAACCUGUCAGCGGCUGUCCAACUACUGUGCAACAACGAUGAAUCAUAAUGGCCUUCAGCCAAGGCAAUCGCGAUCCCCGGGAAACUCCUUUUCAAACCUGUUCUUAGCCAACUGCGCUUCAAGGUGCGUGCAGUCCGCCUGUGAGUUGGUUGAGUCCCUUCGACGGGCAACCAUGGCCGACACAACCGGUGCCUGGUGGUAUAGAGUAUUUUUGCUGAUCGUAAAUGUAGAUCUCGUCAGCGCCGGAAUCGUUCUAAUCAUCGCUGAUCGGAGUGGCAUCUCAUUUGACUCCACGGACACCGGGAGACGGGAAACAGCAAGUCGCGAAUGCUUGCAGAUCUUGCACCGGAUGGCAGGUGUGAAUCCGUCGGCUAGGGACUAUGCGAUUGUACUGGGCGGGCUUCAGCAGCGUCUUCUGCAGGAGCGAGCAGGGCAGCCGGGACGGGAUGUCUCGUGUGAACGAGAAGGUCAAGGUCCAGAUGGUCCGUCUGCUCCGGAGGCGCUGGGGUCUACCGAUAGAUACGUGCCCGAUGAAUGCAGCGCCGACCAUGGGGUAGAGCCCUGGAACUACGGGUUCAGCCCGUUGAUUCAGAACUGGGAUAGCGGGAUCCAGGAUAUCAUGCUACCUGCGCAGCUCUUUCAAGAGACGGGCGAGGAAUUACUGCUGCCCACGCUGCUUUGA